AUGUUCAACCCAUUCGUUCGCCGCGCGAAGACCGCGCCUUCCAGCUAUCCUCGCGUCGUCUUCCACGCCAUUCGCACCGCACAGCUUUUAUCCAGUCUGGUCGAAGGUCGCAUGAGAGUCGACACUCUGAAUGGAUACUCACAGCUUGAACAGCUUACAUCGGCCUCCCUGUUUUCCAUCGCGGCUCUCGCUUUCACCAUCCUUCUUCACUGCUUCUCGGGGCUCAAUCCACGUCUCAAUCUGGCCAUAAACGCUUUCCUCUUGAUACUUUGGACACUCUCUUGGUGUCUUCUGACGUGGUACAUGAGUGGGACCCUCUCGAACAUGUGCGACAUUGAUCACUGGAACGAAGACAUCGGAAUCAUGGUUUGCCGCAUAUACAAGACUUUGUUCACGUUUACUUUAACUGGCUUCUGCAUUCACCCUCGAUAUCCUGACGAUAAGAGACCAGUUGCGACCCGCGGUCCUUUCACUGAUGACGGCCACCAAGGAUCUUUGCCUCGUGAAAGUGAGGCCUGGGAAGCGCCGCGCCCAAGCCUAGGACCAUACAGCGAGCGUGGACAUGGCGAAUACACCGUCCCAGAUCAACAAUUUGAAUAUGACACUGGCUACCAUGGACAUGGCGGAAGAUAG